AUGGAAGCCCUGCGGAAGCUGGCGGCCCUGACUCUUGCACGCAGCCCAGGACGCGUCGCACGUGUGAACAUGAGCAUCGCGGACAGAGCAAAAGUCAUUUCCUAUGAGGAUAUAAAGAAGCUGGUGGCCAAAGGGGAGGCCCGGAUCUUUGAUGUGCGGUCGCCAGAAGAAGUAGCCAAUGGGAAAAUAGCCAAUUCUGUUAACAUUCCAGUUGUGGAGGUAGAAGAGGCUUUCAAAAUGGACCCGGAAACGUUUAAAAUGAAGUAUGGGGUGAAUAAGCCGCCGCUGGAUGACGAAAACGUGGUUUUCCACUGCCAGAUUGGCAAAAGAGGGGCCCGGGCCACAGAGAUAGCCGUGGCGCUCGGCUACGCCAAGGCUCGCAACUAUGCUGGAGGCUACAAGGAGUGGUCGGAGAAAGAAGGAAAGUGAGGUGUGAAAGAAC